AUGGCGGCGUCUACCAAGAAGGGAUCGGCUAGCGCUAAGGGCAGCAGCGGAGGGAAGAAGAAGCUGCCAGCUGCGCCGUUGAGCAGCAAGUCGGGCAAGAAGGUCCAGAAGUCUCCGAUCUUCGCGAAAACGCCGAGGAACUUCCGUGUCGGCGGAAACAUUCAGCCGCGACGCGACCUCAGCAGAUUCGUCAAAUGGCCGAAGUACAUUCUGCUUCAGCGCCAGCGGAGGGUGUUGAUGCAGCGACUGAAGGUCCCCCCUGCGAUCAACCAGUUCACACACACUUUGGACAAGAACCAGACCUCUCAGCUCAUGCGCCUGCUCGCCAAGUACAAGCCGGAGACUCGCGCUGAGAAGAAGCAGCGCCUGCUUCAGGAGGCCGAGAGACAGAGUGCUGGUGGCGCGGCUGGUGGAAAGAAACCCGUCAUGAUCAAAUAUGGAAUCAACCACGUGACAGAUCUGAUUGAGAUCAAGAAGGCGAAGCUUGUUGUCAUCGCGCAUGACGUCACUCCUGUCGAGCUUGUCUGCUUCAUCCCCCAGCUUUGCCGAAAGAAGGAGGUUCCCUACUGCAUCGUCAAGGGCAAGAGCAGGCUCGGUCAGUUGGUCCACCAGAAGAACUGCCCUGUCCUUGCUAUUGACAACGUCAGAAAGGAGGAUCAAGCGGAGUUGGAGGCACAGUGCGAAAUCUACCGUGCCAUGUUCAACGACAACUCCGAAGUGCGCAGACGCUGGGGCGGUGGCAUCAACGGCAUCAAGUCGCAACAUGCGCAGCAGAAGAAGGAGAAGCUGAUCAACAUCGAGCUGAAGAAGAAGAUGGGUCUUCAGCUGGCUUGA